GCUGCACUGUGCACUGAGCUUGGCGGCAGCUCAGCUGGUCAAACUUCCCAUUGCCCUUGAAAUCCUAGCCUGCGUGUGUCCUUGAAUUCUCAAGAAUCUCUAGCAGUUGAUGUUUUUUCUCUUGUUCGUUUUCCCUUGCCGCCUUCUUUCCUCUGUUUCCUCUGUUAGCUGCCGCCUUUCGUCCCUUUGCAUUUGGCCUUUGUUGAGGAAGAGUCUCCGCUACACCAGCCGGGAUACAUUCUAGCUGGAGGUCUGCCGGACCCAUUUUAGCUGGGAAAACUGGUAGGAGGUCCUUGAAGGUGCUUUCAAUUUUUGGAAUCUGAGCUCCAGAGACUGCAACAAUGGAAGCCAUCCGUUUUUGCAGGCCUUCCCUUUCUGUGCAAGACUUCGUCUCUCAAAUUGCACGCUCAAGCACUAGGACAUCAAGUGGCCCCGCAGCUGGUUUGUGCAGCUCCUUUUGCCAUCCACUGAGAGUCUCAAGCAGAGCGCCGACGCAGAUAUCCGGUCUAGUCCGUGGAAGCAGCCGAAACUGCAGAAGGGCCAUCUCUGCAAGCUACAGUCAUGGUGGGAACUCAGAGCAGUGGGGCCACAUCACUGACAACGACCUGGCUAUUCUUCGAGAGAGGAUUCGGACCAUGAGGGAGAAAGAGCGCCAGCUGCGGAUUUCCGUCAGCUGGUUUGGAAAGGACUUGGAGGCCUCAUUUUUCCAAAAUGCUCAGGAGGACACUAAUCAAGUACAGCUGGCUGGUUCAAACAUGUCGUGGGUGAAUAACCCCAUGGUAAUGAGUGCUCUGAGCAUGACCCCCUUGUAUCUGCUCUACGUUGCGUUUAUGGUGGGAUGCAUGAACCAUGGGAGCUUUGGUGGUGUUCCUAGCUGAAGCUUGCGGCACGAGAGCCCGGUCUGCUCAUUCUUGCCGUCAAAGGUGGAACAGAUUCAUUGCUUUUACGAAUUCCUUCGUGUUUGAGUGUUGAUAGAGGGGGUGCAGAUUAAGGAUUGAGAAGAUUCUUAGAGCAGUCUAGAUUGCUGCCAUCAGACUCGCUUGUGACAUUAAAUUGCGGGGCUGGGGAUAGAAACAGGGCUAAUGAUAUUUGAUCCAGGUGUCCCUUGACAGUUGUUCGUUUAGCGCCCCAAGUUCUUGUAGACCGUUUGUUCUAGUGAGCAUCGAUUGUGCAUAGUAGAAGUCGCAGUGGUAAUUGAGUAAAGAAGGUAGGAUGUACAUACGCUUGUUCACUAGUAAGAAUGCCCCGGGGGCAGGAGGGUCAGCAUAGACCUUACUGAGACGAAAUGGACCUUUGACUUUGCCAUAGAAUCGCUUAAUUUGCAUCUGAUGUCAAAUCCGAUACGUAGUGCUUCAUACUUCUGGCUGAAAACUUGCCACCACAAG